AUGAAUUCCAAUGGUACAUCUGGGCCGAUUCCGAUUCUUCAUCAAGAUGCCAACCCACUGCUGUAUACUCUUCCACAAGAACAUAUGAAUAUCCAACCAUAUUGGAUCAUGAUCGUCGAGAUUGUCAUAUUACAACUAAUUCAACGACUGUGGAAUCUUGUUCGGUAUCAUGUGUUCAAUUCGACUUUAGAAAUCGCACUGCUUAGGUGGGUAUUGUACUAUCAAAUACAUCUCUACGAAUAUUUAAUAACUCAUCGGUCGGAAAUUGUCAAUAUAGUUCCAAGAACCUUACAACCAACGACGCACGCUUGGAUUAGUUCUCCUAACCAUUAUGAACAUUAUAUCAUCGCCUAUUACGCACAUGAUUAUUUGGUUGAUAAAUUAUCAUUUGAUAUAUUCGACUUCAUCUUUUACUUUCUUCCGAUUUGCGGACAUUGUGUUUGGUACAGCUACAUCCAAACCUUCUGCAUGUCAGUUGAUCGUGCAACUCAUUGGAAUUGUUACAAUGCAUUCGGCUAUCGAAUAUUUAACUACGUAUUUGUCUCCUACGUGAAUUUUGUGUGCGUUUUUGUGAUGAAAACGAUCGCCUUACGAGACGAGAGGAUAUAUCAACAAAAAAUCACGUGUCUCGAUCGAAUAAACUUCCAUUUAGGGUUUUGGUCAGCCUUAAUUACAUUUCUUUUUGCCGGUGGGCUGAUAUUACCAUAUCUGAUCACUCACAUCAUACCAAUGUUCUUCGCUUAUCUUUUCAUGACGAUAGUCUAUAUGACUAUUUGGUUUGCUGCUCUGUUCUUUAUCGUCUUUGUAUUAAUGCACAUACCAGUCGUCAAAAAGAUCUUUUAUGUACCGAUGAUCCGUCCGGAGAAGUUACAGAAAGUUGCCGUUGCUGUAAUCAUAUUCGCAUGGAGUACUUACACAUAUCCAAUAUUACUUUCAACGUUGUAUAAUUACACACAGUACCUAUACUACGGAGAGAAUUUUAUCUAUACCAUGUCGAAUGAAUUCAAUGCGAGAGACACGGACACGUAUAUCAGUAUAUUCUGGAAUUCAGUUAAUCUGAAAUUGCAUAGUAUUUUAGAUGCGAUUUAA